AGCGAGGCUGGGAGCAGGAGCUGCGGGAGGGGAGGAGGAGGGGGGUCGCCCACGCCCUGCCCCUGGGGUCCUGCCGGGGCAUAGCGGAUCCGCAGCCCCCCCGGGGGAGCAGCCGCCCCCAGCCCAGCAGCGUCCGUCUGUCCCCGUCACUUGAGGAUGAACAGCCCUGAGCAAUGCCAAGGAGCCUGCGACGGCGCCCCCUGCAAGGCCCGGGGCCAGAAACGCCGCUGCAUGUCGGCUGUGGAGCAGGGCUCCUGCCCCGGUGGCGACCCGGAGGCCGAUUGGGAGAUGGAGGAGGAGGAGGAGGAGGACCGUUUCCUGGGCGUGCCGCUGCGGAGGUCGUGCAUGUCGAGGGCCUCCUUCCGUGGACGGGACUCCUACCGGCGCCACAGCUGGGAGCCGGGCAAGAAGCUGCAGAGUGACCCGGACUACGACCAAAUGAGCGUGAGUUUGAAGGGCCUGGCCCCUGAGGAGCUCGACUCCGCUGCGGGGCAGUUGGACGGCUUCUCCCGACACCGCAGGGACCCCCGCCGGGCCCCCAUCAUCCGCAGCAACGACGGGCUGGAGUCCCUGCUCUCGCAGGACGAGGAGGAGGAGGAGGACCUGGAGCGGGCUCAGGAAGACGCCAGGAGUUUGCAGGCCUAUCGGACCGGGCAGAACCCCGCCUCCAGCGCCCUCUCCAAGUGCGUUUCCCUGAGCGGCAUCGACCGCUUCCCGGAUGCGGAUGAAAUCUCCCUCUUCGCUUCUGGGAUGGACCUCGUCAAUGGGUAAGGCUCGGAGGCAUUUGCUCGUCGU